AUGGAGACACGCGGCUCGGUCCCUCUGCGGCAACUCCCGAGCUACAGUCAGGACGAGGCGGCUGAACAUACUGCACUUGAUUCUUCAUCCGAGUCUUUCCCAUUGCAUGACGAGGAGCUUCCGUCAUAUAGCCAGGCGCGGUCGACGGAACAAGUUCUAAGACGAGGGCACAGUACAUUACUUCAUCGAUCGGCCUGGGUAUCUCUAUUCUCAAUUUUUUAUGUGGGGCUCGCCAUCUAUGCCUGGGCCAUGACAGUUGUCCUGUCAUACCGCCCCCUCAAAGCCAAGUCCUGGGUCUACUCGAUCGAAGGCUCGUAUUACGGUUACGAUGAUAGGAACCAAGCAGAUUUCCAUCAAGAGAGACGGAUCUAUCGUUCUGUGCGGACGAUCCAGACAUUCAUUCAAGUUGUUACUCUUCCCUGGAUUUCCACGGUGUGUGCUAGUGCUGCUGUGAUCUUUGCGCAGAACCAAAAAGAUUCGAUGGGCCUUCGGCUACGUCAAGUCACAACAUUGGCUGACCGCAAGUGGAUGGACUUUUCUUUGUAUCGAGCACUGAUUUGUGGGAAAUGGAGGCAAUACGGCAGUACACUACUGGCCGCCGCAAUCUUCAUCUGGGUCUUUGGUCUCAUCACCUAUCCCAUCCAGUCGCUCUUUCUCAAUCCACAGUCGGUCAAAGUUCGGACAUAUCCCCAGCAAAGAGCCGCUAUCCAUGACUUCACCACGAAACGCAGUCUGUAUCUACGGUCAGAACCAGACGGUAAGGACGUGUUGCAAGUUCGCGAUGCCCUCAACAAAGCGAACGGCAAUACCUACCAACCUAAUUUGUGGAGUAACGACAGUGGAGUGUCAUUCUUGACUCUCAACAAUAUGUCUCCUCAAAUGUUCUAUUCCCAAGUUCCCAGUGGUUUCAAUACAGGACUAAUUCGUCAAUUUGCUUCACGUGUGAACUCCACGGCUACAUCCGAGCUCAUACGAGAGUCUGACUUCCCAGCCGCCUGCAGUUCGGGUUAUCCACUCCCAGGCAAAUUUUACGCCGAGUAUUCUUCUUCGUACUCGUGGUACAACACUUAUUCUUGGGGUGUCAUUGCGUGCAUGCCAGAAAAUAUGACGGAAUCACCUUGGCGGAUGGGACGUACCCGGCAGGAUUUCUCCGAGGUCCUCUAUCUUAACAUGACACAAGAGGAGUACACCUCGAGCAGUUUUUCCGGCCAAGAUGCGGGGAAAAAGGCUUUUUACCGCAUCACUGUGAACACCACGGCCGGCUUCUUUGAAUUGCCCAAUUAUAUGAACGAUGGCGUCCCGGGCCCCUUACUUGAUCAAGAUCCAGUCGAUCUUUGUGAUCAGCAUUGUGUAGAUCAAGAUUCAGUGCACACAUACCCUUCUGAGGGGGGUUAUCGCCGCCGUGAUGAAGACACAUCAAGCAGCCUCAAAGCCGCAUCGCUGAGUCCCAUUUCAACACAGAACAAAGGACCCUUGUUAGCGGCCGCCAUGGCAGCCUUCGGGCCCGGGUCUUUUGUCGACACAUUUGAGGCAACUUCCGCAGCUAUUGAAAAAGACGGCAUGGUCACGGAUGAGGUGACCUCAAACAUGAGGUUCUGCAUCGCAAACGUCCCACUCGUCAAUCUGUUGGGCGACUCCUCUUUAGGUUGCAUAUCUGCUGGCAAUUCUGGAAAUGGCACCUGGUACCCUGCUGGGUCAAAGAUUGCGCAAUGGAUCCGUCGGUUCCAACAACAGACGGAUUCGAUUUCGAAUGCCUUCACAGCCGCCGCUUUUCUUGCCAAUCAGGAAUAUUUUUUCAGCCAGAGCGGUAGGUGGUAUAUCAUGCAAGAUUUGGGCACGGAUAUGGAUCUUCCAUCAAUAUCUACUGCGGGGAUUAUUGUAGUCUCCAUCUUGAUGGGACUUUACUUGGUACCACUGUUAGCUUUGUCACUAUACGCUGGUUAUUACCCAAGAUGGACAGAAAAAUUGGAUUCCUUUGUGAUGCUACGGUUCGGCGCUUUUGCUGGCGAUAAGGUCUUCCCUUUGCUAGUUGGACGCAAUACGGAGAAAUGUCCCGAGCUGGAUGAAAUGCCUGGCGUUGUCCGAGAUGUGUCAACAUCAUCACCGGGCGAGGCUGUUCAGAUUGGGAGGCUAGGUUUCGGCGAAGGCAAGAUAUUACAAGGAGGCCGUCGCUACGAGAGCUUCAAAGGAGACGACGAGCCACUUAAUUCAUGGUUUGUUCACCGUCAAAGCUGA